GUUCAUCAUUAGCCAAGGACGCUAAGGUAGAGAGAAGUGAGUCCGUGCUGCACUGUAACUUCCAAUUCCACUAGAAGUCGCUGCAUCGCCAUCCAUCUACCACACAUCAAUCAUGUCGAUAUCCAUCGCGGAGAAGCCAUACACACUGUUUGGUGGCAGCAAGGGAUGGCACCCCCAGGACUGGACUGCGAGCGAUGAUCGAGUCCGAGGUGGCAAAAGCAUCUCAUACCUCGACUGUACCAGCGAAACUGGCACUUUUCGCGGGAAUCUCGACAUCACAACGCUCGGCGGCGCCGGCUUCGCGAGUCAAAGAACUACUCAAGAGGACGCCGAGUGGGACUUGUCACGCUACGCUGGCAUUGAACUAUGGAUCGCCCAGGCUGAUGAGAAGCGGUACACAUUCAAUCUCAAGGACGAGUUGCUCCCACCCGACCCGAACACUGGGAGAGAGCAAGCAUCCGUUUCUUACGAAUGCGAUUUCGAGCUGCCACCGCAAACGCAACCCGGUGAUACUCAUGACAAAACCGUCUUCAUUCCCUGGGCCAGCUUCAACGCGACAUAUCGCGGAAGGCCCCAGGAGGAUGCGAAGCCAAUUAAUCUGAAGAGUGUCAAGCGCUUUAGUGUCAUGAUGCGCAGCUUCUUCGGCACACAAGAGGGCAAUUUCUCUCUGUCCAUCAAGUCUAUCUGCGCCUUGCCUCAAGUUCCAAAGCAUGCCAAUCUCCAACAACGAGAUGCUGGUAAUGUUCUCGAGAAGGCCCAGCACAUGCACAGCAUUUACUACAACUACAAUGGAGCUGAACCUGCCGAACGAGAAGAACGGCUAGCGAGUCUCAAGAGCUGGAUUCCACACAGAUGGGGAGCGUGGUUUUUUCUCGCUGCUGUCUCUACACUUGCUCUCUUCGGGUAUUGGCAUAUCUGCGUCUAAAAGCGUUUCCCUACCUACCUGAGACGCAGACUGCUAUCGCUGGUAGCAACCCGAUGAAUGACUUUUGCCCACGCCCGAGAUGUGUAUGCUCUUUGACGAUACUAUAGCAGCAAUCUGACCUUAAAAAUUUGCUGUCGAGCUGAUAACACACAUAAUAAUAGGGAGAAGACUGCCGGCUUCGACAUCGAGUAGGAGUAGAUCUGAAACAUCUUGACAUCUGCAACAAUAAGAACAAGAACAAUUGAAGCAGCUACCAAGCCUUCGCUUCUUCGCGUACCCAUAUUAAAAGCAAAAAGAAAAAAUUAUAAGCACUUAAU